AUGGAGGGUCUCUGUAAAGAGCUUUCCUGCCCUGUGUGUUUGGAGCUGUUCACCCCGCCAGUGCUGGAACUACCCUGCUCCCACAACUAUUGCAGGCAGUGCAUUCAUGAGACUCUUAUCUCCCAAAACUGCACUCAUGUCAAUGGGAAAUUCUGCUGCCCCAUGUGCAGGAAGGUUAUCUGUUUGCGGGGAAGAGGAAUAACUGGAUUAAAAAGAAAUAUCUUUAUUGAAAAUGUACUAGAGAAAGUUAAAGAAGAGAUGGCAAAGAUCCAUGAGAGAGAACACAGUGUGAAUUCCCAAACAUGCAGGAUACAUGAGGAAGUGUUGAACCUGAUGUGUCUGGAUGAUGAUAUUCCGAUAUGCAGUAUCUGCAAAUUGUUUGGGGACCACAACACACAUGAAGUGGCCAGACUGUCUGAAGUUUAUCAGGGAAGGAAAAACAGUUUUAUAGAAGAGAUCACAAAAAUAGUUUUGAAAUCUGAAACUGCAACAAGAGUCUGCCAGGGACUGGAAAAGUUGCAGGAUGAGCUUCUUUCAACUGCUGAAGAAACAAAAGCAGUGAUCAGUGCAGUCGGGGAGAGCUUGUUGAUGGAAUUAAGAUUCAAAGUAUCAUCAUUAAAGAUGAAAGUGGAUAAGGAAAGCGCUGAGAAAUGCAAUGAACUGCAAUCCGCUCUGGAAGAAUUACAGGGAUCCCGACAAAUCUACAUGAAAAUGAAAUCCCUUCUGGAGGAACACAUCAAUCCCAUACAGUUUCUCAAAGAGGACAAGCAGCUGAAGAUUGAAGUGGCAAAGCUGUUAAAAGAUGGCCGUCCACUGCCUGCACCCCAGAGGGAUAACAUUUCAGUAGGGAAGUAUAUUGAAGAGCUAAUUAAGGGCAUAGAUAUUAAACAGGUGGCCAUAUCAAAAGCAGACGAUCUUCUUAUGAAAGUUGGUGAUGAGUAUGCAGCAUGGAGUUCAGGCUGUUCGAAUGCAGAUACAUCAUCUUACGAUGGCUUGGAUCAGAUAAUACGCAAAAUUAUGUCAAGUUUAACACUGAAGUCCAGUGAUGCUCACAAUAGUUUGAGCUGGGAAUGUCCGUCACCUUACUCGACCGGCAGUUCAUCUGAAGAUAGUUACUCCCCAGAAGAUGUUAAAGUUAUUACAAUAGAAAAAAAACUAUUUUUAAAUCCUGUGGGAUCUUGA